UCUGCUCAAACCCACCAUCUGGGCAGAGCCAGACUCUGCCGUCACUCACGGGAAGCCCGUGUACAUCUGGUGUCAGGGAUCUCGGAAAGCCAGCCAGUACUACCUGUACCGAGAGGGGCUCUGGGAACCCUGGGGAAGUGAGUUUCCACUGGGACCUGGCGACAAGGCCAAAUUCUCCUUCCUACGCAUGACUGACCACCUUGCUGGGAGCUACCACUGCUUGUAUCACAGCAAAACAAGCUGGUCAUUUCCCAGCAAGACUCUGGACUUGGUGGUCACAGGAAUGUUCAACAAACCCACCCUCUCAGCCCUGCCAAGCCCUGUGGUGACCUCAGGAGAGAGUGUGACCCUCCAGUGUCGCUCAUGGCAGGGAUUCGACAGGUUCAUUCUGUGUCUCGGAGGAGGAGAUGACCACCCUGGACACCUGGACUCUCAGUGCCAAGCCGAUGGGUGGUCCCAGGUCCUCUUCACCGUGGGCCUUGUGAGCCCAAGUCACAGGUGGGCGUACAGGUGCUAUGGUUACUUCUCGACCUCUCCCUAUGUGUGGUCUUCCUCCAGCGACAUCCUGGAGCUCCUGAUCUCAGGCGUGUCUAGGACACCGUCCCUCUCAGUGCUGCCAGGUCCUGUGGUGGCCCGAGGAGAGAUAUUGACCCUCCAGUGUCGCUCUGAUGUCAGCUAUGACAGAUUCGCUCUGAUCAAAGAAGGAGGACGUGACCUCUCCCAGCGCUUUGGCUGGCAACCCCAGGCUGGACUCUCUCAGACCGACUUCCCCCUGGGCCCUGUAAGUGGCUCUCACAGGGGUCAGUACAGAUGCUACAGUGGAUACAACCUCUCCUCCUAGUGGUCAGCCCCCAGUGACCCCCUGGACAUCCUGGUGGCAGGUGAGGAGCCUCACCCCAGCCCACACUCCUCUCCCACUCUGUCAGCCCACCCGGGCCCCACCGUGGCCCCAGGAGAGAGUGUGACCCUGCGGUGUCAGACCCAGAGUUUGUUUGAUGCGUUCUUUCUGUACAAGGAAGGGGAAACCGGUCCCCCACGGCACCUCAAGAUGGGGCACACGGCUAGAGAAUUCCAGGCUGUGUUCCUUGUGGGCCCCGUGACCCCCAGUGACAGGAGGACAUUCAGAUGCUACGGCUAUUACACAAGCAAACCCCAGAUGUGGUCAGACCCUAGUGACCCCCUGGAGCUCAUGGUCUCAGGAGGCUCUGAGGAUGGACUCUCUCUCACCGAGUCACGCACUCCGAAGGGUCUCAAAUGGUACCUGAAGGUUCUGGUUGGGGUCUCGGUGGCCUUCGUCCUGCUGCUCUCCCUCCUCCUCCUCCUCUUCCUCAUGCGACACUGGCGUCAGGGCAAAAGCAGGAGGUCUGCCCAGAGACAGGCUGAUCUCCAACUCCCUGCAGGGGCUGCAGACCCAGAGCCCAAGGACAGAGGCCUGCAGAUCAGCUCCAGCCCAGCUGCUGACGCCCAGGAAGAGACCCUCUAUGCUGCCGUGAAGGACACACAGCCUGAGGAGGGCGUGGAGCUGGACCAUCAGGCUACUGCGUCUGAAGACCCCCAGGACGUGACCUACGCCCAGCUGAACCACUUGACCCUCAGGCGGGAGACAACAUCCUCUUCCUCCCAGUCAGAGGAACCCCCAGCAGAGCCCAGCGUGUAUGCUGCUCUGGCCAUCCACUAGCCCAGAAAGGACCCAGACCCACCCUCCAGGGAGAGAGACUGCAGGGACUCCAAAAGGCACAGGAGCUGCCCCCAAAGGACACAUCCUAAUGACCCCCAGCCAGCCAGACUCCUAACAUGGACCACCAGGACGUUCUGGGACACUUUGGGAGUCACCUGAUUCUGCCGUCAAAGAUAACUAAUAUCGACACAUUAUGGAAAUAAAGCAGCAGACUUCUC